AUGGCAGGAAGGAUGCUCGAUGCUGUGUUUUUGCUUGUCAUCAUCGCAUCAUUCGAGGUCUUGAACUCAUCUACCUCACCACGCCAGACGUGUGUGCGGUGUGUGUGUGUCAGGUGCUCGCUGUUCAAUCCGACAUCACCAAGGCCAUGAUCCUUCGUGAGGUUCAAGAGCUGAAGCAGCAGAGCUCUCAACUGGAUGAGAAUUUCAAGCUGGCGACCGCUGCCCAAGAUGCCAUCAUCCGCCAGGUGCACAGUAACAAGCGCCAUUACGGAGCUGAAUCGGGCGCGGUCAGUGGCCUUGUGGGUGGCGCCAUCCUUAGCGCUGUAGGCCUCUCGCUUUUCAACCCCAUGGCGAGCGCACCGACCGUGUUGCUCACGACGUUGGGGGGCGGUGCGGUUGGUGGAGUCACUGGCGGUCUCACUGGCGGCAUCACUGCGGACGCAUACGUCAAGCGACACCUGCCUGACUGCGUGACGGACGAGUGUGUGGAUGCAGUGCUCGGCUGGGCCACAGGAUUUGGCUGCCUCACUGGAGCGAUCGCUGGUAGUGCUGCAGGCGGAGCCACGGGGACAUUGGCUGGUUACCUGGGCAGUCGGCCUUAGGUGCUCGAGAACCUGAAGGCCCAGCUGGCCGGCCCGCCGGGACAAGCUAUCACGACUGGGAUAGGAGCUGGGAUAGGCCUGGAAGGCUUGCAGUUCGCGAAGGAACGAAUCCGCAAGAUGCACCUCAGAAUCACUCAUCGCGCCGAGGAGCUUGAGCGCAUAGCCCUUCAGCAGUAA